AAACAUUUUUCUUUUUCUUUUGUUUUUACCUCCAAAAUCCCAAAUCAGUCUUCUUUUCUAACUUUGUGACCUAAAAAAACUCAAAAUCUCAUUUCUCUCUUAGAAUGAAAGAACCCAAAUCAGACCCAGAUCCUAAAUCCCAUUGCUCUCAAAUCGUGUUGCUCAGUUAUCCAUAGCUCAUCUUCGCCGUUCACGUCUCUUUCUUCGUUCUCUACGGUCGUCGACCCAGCUCCCUUCUUUGCCGUAUUGUUUUGCUCAACCUGUUUCCUCCAUUCUUCGCAGCUCAUCUUCGUCGUUCAGGUUGUAUCGUGUUGCUCUUAAAUUCCUAAUUUUCUCUCCUGUCUUCAAUGGCAUCUCCAAAACUCACUAAAUACGAACGCAUGCGACUCGAAAACAUUCGCAUCAACAAGGAAAUGAUGGCCACACUUAAUGUCCAAUCUAAACACUUUGAACUCUAUACCAAUCCUGCUGCUGUGUCAAGUAGAGGUUCAAAGAGAGGUGGGAGGUCCAUAACCUCUCGAGGUCGAUGCCCAUCUAGUAGAGGGAAGAAUGUUUUACAAGAUGCAUCUCCAUUGUUGCCAAACUCAUCACUAAUCCCAACUCCAACACCAGACCAUACGCAAACACCAACCCCAUCACCUACAACUUCAUCCCCAACACCAACCCCAUUACCUACAACAACUUCGACCCCUACACCAACCACAACAUCAAUCCCAAUCUCAUCCCCAACCCAGUUGCCAACAACACCAACCCCAACACCAUUACCAUCACAUAUACCUCAAAGUUUGGAACAAACUCAACAACAAACUCAAUCAUCUGAUAUUGAAUCUCAAGAUGAUCAUGUUGAUCAAGAAUGCCUUCCAGAGAUCAUGCCUUAUGGAAAUGAAUUUAAUCCAUCUUCUGCUGUUCGUUUCUUGACUGCUGCCAUUAAGAGCAAAUUUGAUUGGUAUUGUCCUACAUGGGGAAAAUCAACAAAGGACAUGAGAGAUUUAUGGUUUAAUGAAUUUAAGAACAAGAAUUGGUUAAGAAGAAUCAUAUCUCUUCAAAGCCUUGUACUAGCUCAUUCUCAUUUGCAUCCAAAGAAACAAAUCUAGAACAAGAAUUGGUUAAGUGGCAGGAAAAGGUAAAAGAACAAGAACUUGAGAAUCUACAGCAAAAAAGUAAGUUGGAAGCGCAACAAAAAAGAAUUGAAUCAACUGAAAGCAUGCUUGUUACUUUAUUUGGAAAACUCAACAUGCCACUACCUUCAAAUUUUGCAAGUGGAGCUCCCAUAGAAGAUGAAUUGAAUCAGAAUCAUGUUCCCUCUAGUAGCAACAAUGGUGAUAACUUUAAUGUCAAUUGUUGACUUUAAUCUACAUUAUCAACACUUUAGGUGGCUCUAGUUAGUUUUGUUUUGACAUAGAUUGAUGAACACUCUUAUGAAUUUAGUUGGUUUGUGAUGUUUUGACUUACAAGCAGUAUGGUUGCUUGAGUUGUUGCUGUGACUAGCACUUUAAUUGUGCUACUUUGUUUUGCUUUAUUCCAAACUUAAAAAUACAAUGUUCUACUUUAAAGA